AAUAAGAUGCCCUUUUCUCAGAGCCUGGUUCCACUGGCUGCUUGGAAGCCUAGAAACCGCAGUGAGACCUUCCUGCUGAUGGAGGACCCGGAAAAGAAACUGAACCAGAAGAGCGACGACAAACCCAGAAAAGUACGAUUUAAGAUCUCCUCUUCCUACAGCGGCCGAGUGUUGAAGCAGGUUUUUGAGGACGGGCAGGAAUUAGAGUCACCCAAAGAGGAAUACCCUCACAGUUUUCUCCAGGAGGCUCUUGAACCAAUGGAUGGCGUCUACGGGUCAGGGGAAGCCCCCAAGCCUCAGCUGUAUUCCCCUAAGCUGACUGCUCAAAGGAUCAGCGUGUUUAGAGACAGCAGUGCCUACUCUCUGGCGGGCAGCCAGCCUCUGUUCAAUGACUACAAGGCGAAUGACCAUAAGCCUCCACCGAUUAUAGAUUUUGGGAAGAUAAUCAUCUACACGAACAACCUGAAAAUCAUCCGGACCCCGAUGGACAAAAGGGACUUCAUGAGGAGAAUCCUCCAGAAGGAAGCAGUUGCUGAGGAGGAGGCUCUGAUGGGCACAGGGGAAAACGAUGGUGACGGGGAGCAAAAUGACAGUCCCCUGCCGGAGACGGAAGGCACAUUUCUCCAUAAUCAGCACACACAGGACGGGUUGGUCCCUGAGGACAGCUGUCUCCACUGCCAGGGGUCCGGCAUCGCCACCUGCUCUCUGUGCCACGGCAGCAAGUUCUCAAUGCUGGCUAACAGAUUCAAGGAGUCCUAUCGAGCCCUCAGGUGCCCUGCCUGCAACGAGAAUGGCCUGCAACCUUGCCGAAUUUGCAGCCCGUAGCCGGUGGCCCCGGGUUCUCACAUCUCCUUUUAUUACACUCCCACGUGUGCUCCCCUAAUAAACCAUCUCCCUUUCUCCUGCUUCUCCCGGAAAAGGCGCUACAGCAGCUGCGCCCACUCCUAACACUAGCAAAUCUCAAAUUAUUUGAUGACAUUUUGUAAAGCGGGUAACAUCUCUACAUGGGUCUAAGUAAUGGGGGCAUUUUUGAAUCAGAAUCGGCUUUGAAACUGGUCCUAAAAUUAUCCUUUCAGGAACACGUGCACGCAUCUCACUUGA